GUGAAAGGCGAGACAACCUGAAGAACCAACAAACAUACACUUCUCAUAGGGAUUCAAAACGAAUCGCACAUAUCUCAUGAUAGGAAGAUCAGAAACACAAAAAUCAUGACGCGACACAGAUUUUUCGACACAGUUCUUCUUGUCAUCACUUUCGCCUCCGUCACCACAGCACAAGGCAGUGUUUCGCAAUAUGGCAACAACGUCACACUGCGACGGUUCAACCAGGAAUCGGGAAGUAAAACCUCCAUCGUGGACACCUUCCACGUCCUCCCAACCGGCGACCUCACCGCUUUCAAAGUUUACAUCGGUAGCCAGGUCGACACCGUCAACACACAAUUAGAUGCCUUCCUCCAAAUUUGGCAACCCGGAGAUAGUGCCGGCUUCUUUAAGCUCUACUAUACAAUGACCGUCACUCUUCCCGCGGCAGAAGGGGAAUAUCAGUUUGACCUUCCCACGAGACAGAUGAUCUACAGUGGUUCAUACAUGGGCGUCACCCUGACUGACGUUCGAAACCCGAUCAGCUUCUCCCUGACGGAAAACUACCCCACCUAUGUUUACGAUGUUCACGAGGACAAUUACCCCGCUGUAGGAGACAGUGUUUCGUUCAGUAACACUCCUUCCAUGGUACAGCUCUCCCUAGCUGUCCUCGUCGAUAAUGUCGUUGUUUGUGAAGAUGGUGCAACUGGCGCACCAGGCGCACCUGGUGUGACUGGACCUGAAGGACCAAUGCCGACAGACGAUGAUGAGUGCGCCACAAACAACGGAGGCUGUGAACAGGUCUGCACCAACACCUUCGGGUCCUACUAUUGUGGAUGUAAUGACGGUUAUACUCUGAACACAGAUACAACUACAUGCAGAGAUCUUGAUGAAUGUACCGAGGCCGAGAAUGGGCGUUGCCAUCACUACUGCAACAACACGGUCGGUUCUUACUACUGCUACUGCAUGGACGGGUACAACCUCGGUCUCGACAGUCAUGAGUGUAUCGAUAUCGACGAAUGUUCCCUGCCAAACUUCAAAUGUUACGGCUGGUGUUUCAAUACACCUGGCAGUUUCGUGUGCAUGAAACUCGUUCCGAAGGUUACGGUCCACCAGCAAGCUCUACAAGCGGCCGAACCAGAUUCCGAUGGUGAAGCCUCCGUUGCAGAGAGCGCAAGUACGACAGGAGGUGUGACCAUGUCAACCGUGGCAAUAUGGCUUGGGCUAAUCACCCUGCUCGUGGUCAUUGUCGCCGCGGCCAGCUUCGGAAGAUGGCGCCGCGACUACUGCGGCAAACGACACAACGAUGGGAUGACAGAAGCCGUGAUCAAGGAGGGCGAGGGUGAAGUUGACCAAGAUGAAUCUGUCGCCAAGAAAGACGCAGAGAUUGCUUCUCCCGAGGAAGUCACCACUGAGUUGUAGAAACUGGGGUUGAUGACACGACAUGAAGGCAACCGCACACUGAGAUGUUUGCCGAAAUUUGUCACAUCAGUCUAACACUGUGCAGUCUUGCCUGAAGAAAGUACAACGAUUUGUGAGUUGUCUCACGAUUUUCGCUGCCGAGAAUAUGUGGACUUUCACUGUCAAAUGCUUUUGGAAAUCGUGCGACAACCCAGCAGAGACUUGCAGUUAUUUCGUGAUAAUCAGUCUGUACAGGUUUUUAAAAAUUCAGUUACACUCCAGCACUGAUAAACAUUGGAAUAAUGACGUUUUCAUAGACUUGACAAGAUGUUUCUGGAAAGACGUGUACGACAAGGAGCGAUGUUGACACUGAAUUGGAAAACAGAGAUAACAUGAAACUGUAAUGAGUGCCGACAGUUGAAAGCUGUUUGUUGUUUUGUUAUACAUUGCAAACGAUGUACUUUCCUAUUCUGUCUUUUCCAAACCUUUCGAGGUUUUUAGGCCAUUUCACCCUGCACUGAAUUAGAAAAAUUAAUAAUGAUCUAAAUGAUAAUUACAAUGCAUUGUUAUAAUGUGAUGUUUGUGGAGCUAGUAUAGUUUCAUGUUUAGUAGUUUGUAAAUAAUAAUAUACCGUUUGUAGAUGAGAAGAAUGUAUCAUAGCUUUACUACCUAAUGUAGCUUUUAACAUGUCUCUAGCCAGUUUAUAGACAAAAUCCGGCCAAAAUCUUAACAAAUCCGGUUAUGAUGACAGAUGACAAUGUACAACACCUUUUGCGUCCAUUGCAUCAACCAGUGUUGUUGGGUUUAUUCGAAAAUUUCCCUCCAAGUAUUUUUUUUGCUAAUGUCCGAUGCACAGUUAGACAUCGAUUGGUUGAUCUACUGUCCAAUUGACAUGUAUUUGAUGUGUCAUCUAUUUUAUGCUAUUAGAGAUCAACCAGUCAUUAUCUAUUAUAGAUAUCUACAGACAUCUAUUAGAUGUGUAAUGCCGGGGAUAUCACCGGAUUUCCCCCUGCGAACUGGUAGUCUGACUUAGCUGUAAACGAUAAUCGUGGAUUGGUACAUCCUUAUAUGAGGGUUGAAGACAGAAGAGUCGGUAUCGAUGCGGAUUGGCAUAUGGACACAAACAACACACAUUUUAAUUUUUAAUUUGUGGCCAAAUUGAGCGUUUUGUUCUUCUUCAUUUUGAAGAAAUAACAGUAGAUGUCUUCACUGAACCAGUAUUAAAAAGACCCGAUUUCACCAAGAAGCAUGAAGUCGUCUUCGACCGGUUUUGUUUCCAAAUGUAACCAGGGUAAACUUAUAACUAACGGUUUGGAGAAAUGUAGAAUAAA